GUCACGCCGCGCAGCGACGCGGCGCCUCUCCCUCCCGUGGCCGUCGCCUCGCCUCGCGCUGGGUCGCCUCGUGCUCGAUCGGACGACGACUCCACCACGCCAACCGGACCAACCGAUCUCACCGCGCCCGCGGCAAAAUAAAAUCCCCCGAUCCCGACGCGCCACCUGCAAAUCUCUCUCCUCCCUCUCCCGCCUCCUCCUCCCGCCUCGGCCGCUCGCUCUCUCGCGCGCCGCCGCUCCCGAUCCGAUGGCCACCGCCGCCGCGGGGCCCUCGCCUCGCCGGCGGUUCGCCGCGGCCGUCGUCGCGCUCGUGCUCGCCCUGGCCAUGUCGCCGGCAGCGGCGAGGCCCGACAAGGAGAUGCGGGAGAAGUUCUACGGGAACCUGGUGACCAGCGGCGCGCGCAACGCCUCCGGGGAGGGCAGCAUCGCCGAUAUGUUCGGCCGCGUGCUCGACAAGGAGUUCGCCGACAGCGACACGCCCGACGCUCCGGACAAGAAUAGCUUCAACAACAGCAUAUCAGAUCAUCAAGCUGUUCUGGAGACGGUAGCUGUCAUUACACAUGACAAGAAGAAGAAUGAUUCACAGCAGACAAAUUCCCCAAAACCUUUCCAAAUAGGUGACAUGUUUGGAGGUCAGGAUGAGAAUUCUGAUGACUUGGAAACUGUGAUAGAUAAAGAGGAUAAUGUUUUUGUGAUGUCGAAUCGUAAAACAAAGUACCCAACACUUCAAUUAGAUUUAAGAUUGAUUAAAGAUUUGGUGGUUAUAAUUGUUUCAGCUACUGGUGGUGGUAUAAUUUUCUCCUGUAUGGGGCAGCCGGUUAUUGUUGGCUACCUACUUGCUGGUUCUCUUGUUGGACCUGGGGGGUUGAAUUUGAUCAGCGAAAUGGUGCAGGUGGAGACUUUUGCACAAUUUGGUGUAGUGUUUCUUCUCUUUGCUCUUGGUCUUGAGUUUUCAUUGACGAAGUUGAAAGUGGUUGGCCCUGUUGCUGUACUUGGUGGUCUACUUCAGAUUGCUCUGUUCAUGUUAUUGUGUGGCCUAACUGCGGCGAUGUGUGGUGCUAAAUCAUCUGAAGGAGUGUUUGUUGGUGCCUUCUUGUCAAUGUCAUCCACUGCAGUGGUUUCCAAGUUUUUAGUGGAAAAAGGUAGUACAAACACGCUUCAUGGUCAAGUUACAAUUGGAACACUUAUACUUCAGGAUUGUGCAGUUGGGCUGCUGUUUGCUCUCCUUCCUGUUCUCGGAGGUGCUAGUGGCAUAUUUGGAGGAGUGAUGUCAAUGGCGAAACUGUUGCUUGUGCUGUCCAUAUUUAUAGCUGUUACAUAUAUGAUGACUUGGUCGAUUGUUCCUCGAUUCUUGAAACUAAUGAUUCAGUUAUCUUCACAGACAAAUGAACUCUAUCAGUUGGCCUCCGUCGCUUUUUGCUUGCUGCUGGCCUGGUGCAGUGAUUAUUUUGGAUUGAGUCUCGAACUGGGGUCAUUUCUUGCUGGCGUUAUGAUAUCCACCACAGAUUUUGCUCAUCAUACUUUGGAGCAGGUGGAAGCGAUUCGCAACUUAUUUGCAGCACUCUUUCUUGCAAGCAUUGGAAUGCUCAUACAUGUUAAGUUCCUGUGGAAUCAUGUUGACAUAUUACUUGCAGCUGUUAUACUGGUUAUAAUAGUUAAGAGUAUAGUCGUAACAGUUGUCGUGAAGGCAUUUGGAUACAGCAUCAGAACAGCUUUUGUUGUUGGGCUGUCCUUAGCUCAGAUAGGAGAGUUUGCUUUUGUGCUCUUGAGCCGUGCUUCCCAUUUUCAUCUUGUUGGGGGAAAAAUGUAUCUGUUAUUACUGGGAACAACUGCCCUUAGCUUGGUAACGACUCCCCUCAUUUUCAAACUAAUUCCUGUGGUAAUGCACCUUGGCAUCCUUAUGCGUUGGUUCCCCACAGAAAACAGUAUGCAGAAUGAGUUGCCUUUGCAGGAUAAAGCAACCAUGCUCGACACUUACAACCGAUCACUCAUUGCAUAGCUGCGACAUUAUUUUGACUUACAGUAAUUUAUUUGUCUGUUGAUUCGUUGCGCAUGCUGUGGAAACACUGGAGAACAAUUACACCAAUUCCUUUUGCGGCAAUACAGGAACAUUAAGCGAUGGCUAAGGAUAACUGUUUGACCAGCCAGGGAGCUGCCCGUAUAGCAUUCUGACUCAAAGUCGAGUUGUACAUACUGUACAUGUUAUCAAGGUAGCAUACGAGUGGGUUGUUCAUAGCACUGGGCCUUGGUUUUGUAUCAUUCUUGCCAACUCAAUUUAGGAAGUUAGAUAGGGAUUUUGGUACCUUGUGCUCAAAUGUACUAUUUCAUCGCCAGAAGAUGAUGACAAAGCUGUAUGUUAUGUAUUUGCUUUUUUUUUAUGUUGAGAAAGCAUUUGUUCUGUUAUUGUCUUGGACUAUCGACACUUCCAGCUUGCCAUAACACUCUGAGAACAUGUUCUUCCCCCAUCUAUGGUUAAUUUGUUCGUCCUGGCGAAUAUUGUUUUCUGGAGGGCA